UGAGGUUAUGAUAGCUUAACCAAAAAACGUUUGAAUUCUGUUGAAUGUUAUGAUCCCAGUCUUAACAUAUGGACAUAAAUUGAAGAUAUGUAUAUAUGCCACAGUAGUGUUGGUAUAGGAGUCUUAGAUGGUGUUAUGUAUGUUAUUGGUGGUUAUAAUGGUUCAAAAACGUGUAAAUCUGUCGAGGCCUAUAGACCAAGUGUUGGAGUUUGGACUCCUAUUGCGGAUUUGCAUUUGGCUCGACGCAGACCUGAUGGUUUUUUAUGUGUUGUUGGUGGAAUACGCAAUUCUCCUGAUUCAGAUUCUGUUGAAAUUUACAACCCUAUCACCAAUACAUGGAAAUUAAUGAAAAUUGGAAUAAAUUAUACUGUUAAAAUUAAUAAUGGAGUCGUUGUUAAUAUGUUACCUCCUAAGAGUUAAUACUAAUUAGUUAUAAUAUUUAUUAUUG